CAUCGCUACCAGGCGCAGUAGAGGCAGCAGCAGCAGCGGCGGCGGGAGCAGCAGCAGCGGUGGCGGCAGCGGCGGCAGCAGCACAGACGUUCUCUUUGGAAUAGCGGGAAUGGGCCGUCAUCACCUGUAGCUGCUGCACGCCGCUUCCCGACACACGCAUGCGCGCACCGACGCUUCCCCUGCCCCAACGCACAGAAAGGAUGGCACGCGCCGAGCGACAGACGCGGCUGCGGCCGAGUCCCCAGCACCGAGAACCGCUCCGUCCCCGUCCAGGCGGCGCGGCCCGGACGAGCUGAUCCCGCGGAAAGCAAGAGGAAAGGGGCGUGGGGGAGGAGCGGGGCGGCGGUGUGUGUGUGUGCGUGCGUGUGUGUGCGUGCGUUAGGAGCUCCCGCGGGAAGGAGAGACGUACGGACAGACAGAGACACUCUGGGGAAGGAAGCUAAGCGACGCACGUCAGGCGCAAGGUACCAGAAGGGACUCAUUUGGAGGAUAUUUACAUGCCUCUCGCCAACAGCACGAGGGACUCGCUGGGCACCGACGUCGCCGAGCGUGUGUGGGGAGUCACCGGUUCGGUGUCUUGUCUCCCCGCCAGAUCGUCCAAAUGAAUCCCAUGACUCAGCUCUACUACAAGAAGGCGACGUACUCGCCGUACCGCGACCGCAUCCCGCUGCAGAUCGUGCGGGCCGAGGUGGAGCUGUCGGCAGAGGAACGCGCCUACCUGACGGCGGUGGAGAAGGGCGACUACGCCGGCGUCAAACACGCGCUCCGUGAGGCCGAAGUCUACUACAACAUGGACGUCAACUGUCUGGACCCACUGGGCCGCAGCGCACUGCUCAUCGCCAUCGAGAAUGAGAACCUGGAGAUCAUGGAGCUGCUCCUGGACCACGGCAUCCACACCGGCGAUGCCCUGCUCUACGCCAUCCGCAAGGAGGUGGUGGGCGCCGUGGAGCUGCUGCUGUCGCACCGCCGGCCCAGCGGCGAGAAACAGGUUCCCUCGCUGAUGAUGGACAGCCAGUUUUCGGAGUUCACCCCCGACAUCACUCCCAUCAUGUUGGCCGCGCACACCAACAACUACGAGAUCAUCAAGCUGCUGGUGCAGAGGAAGGUGACCAUUCCCAGGCCGCACCAGAUCCGAUGCGACUGCGUGGAGUGCGUCUCCAGUUCGGAGGUGGACAGCCUGCGGCACUCGCGCUCUCGACUCAACAUCUACAAGGCCUUGGCGUCGCCGUCGCUCAUUGCGCUGUCCAGCGAGGACCCCAUCCUGACCGCCUUCCGACUGGGCUGGGAACUUAAGGAACUCAGCAAGGUGGAGAACGAGUUCCGCCAGGAGUACGAGGAGCUGUCGCAACAGUGCAAGCGUUUUGCCAAAGACCUUCUGGACCAGGCCAGGAGUUCCAGAGAGCUGGAGACCAUCUUGAACCACCGGGACAGCGACCAGAGCGAGGAGCUGGACCCCCGACAGUGCCACGACCUGGCCAAGCUCAAGCUGGCCAUCAAAUACCACCAAAAGGAGUUUGUGGCGCAACCCAACUGCCAGCAGCUGUUGGCGACACUGUGGUACGACGGCUUCCCGGGCUGGAGGCGGCGCCACUGGGCGGUCAAGCUGGUCACCUGCUUCAUCAUCGGACUCCUGUUUCCCGUCUUCUCGUUGAUCUACCUGUUGGCUCCCAAAGGCGCGCUGGGGCGCUUCAUCAAGAAGCCCUUCAUCAAGUUCAUCUGUCACACGGCGUCCUACCUGACCUUCCUCUUCCUGCUCCUGCUGGCCUCGCAGCACAUCGCCCGCACCAACCUGCACAUGCAGGGCCCGCCGCCCACCGUGGUGGAGUGGAUGAUUCUGCCGUGGGUGCUGGGAUUCAUCUGGGCAGAGAUCAAAGAGAUGUGGGACGGAGGCUUCACAGAGUACAUCCACGACUGGUGGAACCUGAUGGACUUUGCCAUGAACUCCCUCUACCUGGCCACCAUCUCACUGAAGAUCGUGGCCUACGUCAAGUACAACUCAUCUCGGCCCCGGGAGGAGUGGGAGAUGUGGCACCCGACGCUCAUCGCAGAGGCUCUGUUCGCCAUCGCCAACAUCUUCAGCUCGCUGCGACUCAUCUCGCUCUUCACCGCCAACUCGCACCUCGGGCCCCUGCAGAUCUCCCUGGGCAGGAUGCUGCUGGACAUCCUCAAGUUCCUCUUCAUCUACUGCCUGGUGCUGCUCGCCUUCGCCAACGGCCUGAACCAGCUCUACUUCUACUACGAGACCACGGCCUCGGAAGAGCCCAACAACUGCAAGGGCAUCCGCUGCGAGCGUCAGAACAACGCCUUCUCCACGCUCUUUGAGACUCUGCAGUCGCUCUUCUGGUCAAUAUUUGGUCUGCUCAACCUCUACGUCACCAACGUGAAAGCCCGCCACGAGUUCACUGAGUUUGUGGGCGCCACCAUGUUUGGGACGUACAACGUGAUCUCGCUGGUGGUUCUCCUCAACAUGCUCAUCGCCAUGAUGAACAACUCGUACCAGCUCAUCGCCGACCACGCUGACAUUGAGUGGAAGUUUGCUCGCACAAAGCUGUGGAUGAGCUACUUUGACGAAGGAGGAACGCUGCCGCCCCCGUUCAACAUCGUUCCCAGCCCCAAGUCCGUCUGGUACCUGCUCAUGUGGCUCCACAACAAGCUGUGCGGCCGAGGCCGGCCGCCCGGGGAUGACCCACACAAGUGCGAGAACCUGCGAGAGUUCACGGAGCGUCACGCCGACAGUCUGAUACAGAACCAGCAUUACCAGGAGGUGAUCCGAAACCUGGUGAAGAGAUACGUGGCUGCCAUGAUCCGCAGCGCCAAGACGGACGAGGGCCUGACGGAGGAGAACUUCAAGGAGCUCAAGCAGGACAUCUCCAGUUUCCGUUACGAGGUCCUGGAUCUCCUGGGCAACCGGCGUCCUCCUCGCCGACACUACUCCUCCUCCAGCGACAUGGCACGAGACGACGGCGGCGACGUGGCCUCGGAGGACGACAGCGAGCCGGGCGACCGGAGGGCAAAGGGCGUCAGCUUCACCGUGCCGCUGGAGGAGGAGGACGAUUGCCGGCCGGCGCCCGCGCUCGGCGUCUCCGCCUUGGUACGCUCCAUUUCCGGGAUGAACCGGGUGGGGGAGGGGGCGUUGGAGGAGGGCCUGGCGGAGGAGGGGGAAGAGAAACCCAAGAGCAACGGGCUGAAGACCGCGGCGCUCCCGCCUUCCGGCACCCUAGCGUCGCCGUGGUUCUCGUCCUCGCUCUCCACCUCGCUGGCUCGCACCAAGAGCCGGCUGCAGCGUCUGCCAGUGGCGGCCAAGACGGACUCCUUCAAACGCCUCUCGGUGCUCUUCUCCCGCUCCAAGCGCUCGGCCCUGCCCCUGCGCUCGCUGCCCCUGCGCUCGCCGCCCUCCUACACCAUCUCCGACGGGCUGCUCCUCCCGCGGGGGGGCCGCUCCGACUCGGGACCGGAGCGCGUGAGCGAGACCCGUCUGAACCGGGUGGGCCGAACAAACGGACGCGACGCGCUCCUGACGCUGCCCCCGCCUCCGCCUUGUCCCUGCCAGUCGCUGCACUGCGCGUCCAACAUGUCCGAGUCCAGCUCGCGUCUUUUGGACUCCAGCGAGGACAUUUUCCAAGGUGGCGGCGGCGGCGGCGGCGGAGUGGAGGCGGCGGGCGACGGGGGUGACAGCGGAGGGCUGAUGAUGAUGAUGGGCGGCUGGGUGGGACCCUGCGACGACGUCGCGGAGGACGGCCGCGAGGUCGCGGAGGACUCGGUCAGCACGCAGCUCUAGAACCGGGACGGACGGGGCUUUCGUUUCUUUUCCGCUCUGACGGCCGAGGCUGGAUUGGCGAGUGCCCGCUUCCCGUUUGGCAGUGAUCAGCGCGAAGUUGAGCGAGGCGCCCGCGCACACGUCAGACGCGCACGCAGCGCGCUGCUUUUUCCCUCGUCUGCCUGCGGCGGGUGUUUUGCCGACGCCUUUCUCUGCGUACUUUGACGAUAGCCGAUCCUAUCUUUUGCUGCCACGGACAGAUGUCACGCAAGUCUGAGCGACUCCAAUAUGGGAAUCCACGCAAUUUGCGCUUUUCUUUUGUUUUCUCUGAAGUCCAAACGGUCGCCGCGUUUGCGUCGCUCGGGCCUUUGCGAGAAGCCGUGGUUUUGCCCCGGUUUGUGCGUUUGUCGUCCGUCUCGGGUAGUCCCGAAAAAGUCCAGACGUCCCGCGUUGGAGCUCCGCGGAGCGUGCAUGUUUCACCGACGCUCGCGAGGUCGCUUGGCUUUGUUUGGCGGGCACGGAAGACUCGAAAUGGGCACGAAAGGCCGGCGCGUUUCAAAAGGAAGGCGGCCAUGUUUUUUAAAGCCAGUGCAAGAGCAAGCGAGCCGCUCACCGACUUGCUAAUCGUGCACGUGCUCGCUCAAUCAUCUUCUCUUGGUUUGGGCGGCUCGCUCAUGUUUCCCUUUGCUAAACGGCGGCGCAUCCCUCCCUCCCUCCCUCCCUCCCUCCCUCCCUCCCUCCCUCCCUCCAUCCAUCCAACCAACACCCAUGGCCCGAGCCGAGAGCUUUUUUAGGAAGGUGCGCCGUAUCCACCGUAACGACCAGGACGGGGCCGUUUUCCCUUUAAGCACUUUGGCGGCCGCCAGUACCUGGACCACUUUGAACGUAGCCCCAAGAGACAAAAGGAGAAGGACAAAGGAAGCCCUCAAACCUCUUGCCAAGGAACCACCUUCUACCCCACUUAUGCCAGUAAUAAUGACGCUAAUCAUCACAAUAAUAAUAAUAACAACAACAACAAUAAGAGGCCUCGUCUGGUUUGCUUCUUUGCCUCCAAGAUUCAGUUCUUCCUUGACUUUGUCCCACUUGGAGCUGCUCAAUAAAUCCACCGUGUUGGACUUGGACAGGAAGUGACGGUGCUGACGCACGCGCAGCCGCUGGAUGGACGCACGCACGCGCAGCCACCGCCACCAGAGACUUUUUGUCUUUUUAUUAUAUUUUUGUUUUUGGGCGACUCAUGGAAAACAUUUCCCUUGUUUCAAUGUUUUUACCAGUCCAGCAGGACGGGCACACCGACUUAUUAGGCAUGUUUGAUCAAUGGCAUUCCAACACACACGCGCAUGCGCGCACACGCACGCACACAGUGUUUCCGCCGCAUCGCAACGAUAUGGUUUGACGAUCAAUCGAUCGGACCUUGACAAUCACCAUAAGGACCGGCGGGCCAACAUCACGCCUCUUAGCAAACAUAGAAUUCCCCCCCCCCCCACCAAUGAAUUCUGAACACAAUUAUUGACAAGUAUUGAUCACCGUAGAAGCUCCU